UGGGUAUGCGUCUCAUUUAUAAAUGACUCAAUUCUCAUUGCGAGUUGAAAUAACAAACAUUUCUUUUCAAGAGGUUUCACAGAGCUUUCGAUCAAUCAUCAGAGAUCUGAUUGGAAUUUUGAAGAAGUGAAGAGAUGUCGGGAAGAGGAAAGGGAGGGAAAGGAUUGGGAAAGGGAGGAGCGAAGAGGCACAGGAAGGUUCUAAGAGAUAACAUCCAAGGAAUAACGAAGCCAGCCAUUCGUCGUCUGGCUCGUAGAGGUGGUGUGAAGCGUAUCAGCGGUCUCAUCUACGAGGAGACCAGAGGAGUCCUCAAGAUCUUUCUCGAGAAUGUCAUCCGUGACGCCGUAACCUACACUGAGCACGCCAGGAGGAAGACUGUGACCGCCAUGGAUGUUGUCUACGCCUUGAAGAGGCAAGGUCGCACUCUCUACGGUUUCGGCGGUUAAUCGAUCUCUUCGAUUUAUUAGGGCUUAUCGCAACUUUGGGAAUUUCUUCUUGUUUCUGAGAUUCUCUGUUAAAAAAAAAAAAAGCAAAUCUAGGAGUUUAGCUGCUACUACUACCGCUUUUAUUUCUUUUGUAUUGUUUGUUCUUAGCCAAUGUGAUGUGAUGAUGUUAGUUCAAAUAUCUUUGCAAACUUAUGCUUAAAAAAUUCAAUGAGAAUGAACCAGUUUGCUCUCUUCA